AUGGAACCUCCUACUCCCAUAUCAUUUAGAUUUAACGACCUUCCGACUGAGCUUGCCCUCAUCAUCUUCAAGCAUGCGGCACAACCACCUUUUGCUCAACAUGUGCCUUUCACCCAAGAUCCAUACUCAUCUGCCCUUUCACUAUGCCAGGUCUCCAAAAUUGUCAGGUGCGCUGUGCUGCCUGAACUUCUGCACACAGUGUUAUUGUCAACAGCUCGCCAACUACUCGCUUUCAUAUGGGCUCUGCAUAGGCAGAAAAAAUACAUUGAUCAACAACAUGAUCUAGCUUUUGAUUACGCAUCUUGCGUGGACAUGAUGUCAAUCGGAGACUUUCGGGGGCCUUUUCAAAGCCCACCUAUUCCCUACUUUCCCCUUCCUAUGCCCGAGCUUGAAUGCGAGCUUGAUAUCAGUUUGCUCGCUCCAGUCAUUCUCGGUGCAUCCUCCCUCGCAAUCCACUUUAAUAAUCUAAAUCUUCUUUCAAAAUGCCUCAAACAUGCAUGUAACUCCGAUAUCGACUUAACAUCAGGAAAAACCUCCCGGCCAAAAUUUCGAUAAUCUUUGAUAAAGUCCAAGAAUUAUGUCUAAUUAGCAGCUUUAGGAGAAUUAGGAAAAUUAUGUAGUUUAGAAGGACUUUCUUACCCCCUCAUAAAUUUUGCAUAAUUAUCAAGAAUUAGCUGAUACUAGAC